AUGACCCGUCCAACCCACCGCGCCUACCACUCAAUUGCCACCCCACGGCUGCUCAUUCGUAGUGCCGUCCCAUCGGAUGCCCAAGCAAUCGCCUCUCUCCGCGGCGAUCCAAAAAACAACCCCUACACGCCUGUCGAGCCCAACCUAUCAGCCGCGGUCUUCGAGGACAGAAUCCGCACCUGGACGGCCAGUGCCCAGGAAGGCAAAAAUGCCUUCAUGGUGAUUAUACUUCUAGAUAAUCCGACCUCAUCUGAUGGUGCUGGGAAUUUGAUCGGGUUCGGGGGCUUUAACUGUUUCGAAGCCGAGAGUGAUUCUCCUACUGCGCAAGUCGUUGCAGACACAGGAGUGAUGAUUGAUCAUGAAUAUUGGGGGACGGGGUAUGCGCGGGAGGCGGUCUGCGCGACGGUGGAGUAUGGAUUAUAUACGCUUGGAUGUGGGCAGAUCACGAUGGACACGAGCGUGGAUAAUGAGCCGUGGCGAGGGUUGAUGCGGUCGAUUGGGCUAGGGCCGGUGGAACGGCUGCGAGAGGUUGGUGGAGAAGCAAAUCCGCAGCAGGAGUGGGUGUAUCGGUUCGGGAGAUCUGAGUGGGAGAAAGCAAGGCAGCAAAUGAUGGCUGGUGGGAAGUGGAUGUUGGACAAGACUCUAUAG